CGCGCCCCCGCCCCGCCGAGCGCCGGCCGCCCCCCGCUCGCUCGCCCUGGCCAUGGACGGGAGAGAGGACGCCGAGUGCGACUUCCAGGCGGCGUUCGCCGAAGCCCGGCGGUGGCUGGAGGCAGUUACUGGGCAAAGCUUUGGAACCAAAGACUUUAGAGCAGCUCUGGAAAAUGGAGUCCUGUUGUGCGAUUUGAUUAACAAGAUCAAACCUGGCAUCAUUAAGAAGAUUAAUCUUCUGCCAACUCCAAUAGCUGGCUUGGAUAAUAUAAAUGUUUUUCUGAAAGCGUGCGAAAACAUUGGACUGAAAGAAGCUCAGCUUUUUCACCCAGGAGAUCUUCAGGAUUUGUCCAAUCGAGUUACAGUCAAACCAGAGGAAACCAACAGAAGAGUGAAAAAUGUUUUGAUUACAUUAUACUGGCUUGGGAGAAAAGCUCAAAGUGACCCUGAUUAUAAUGGUCCGUACCUCAAUCUUAAAGCAUUUGAGAAGUUGUUAGGGCAAGCAUUGACUAAGGCACUUGAAGAGUCCAGCCAGCCGAGCAGGAGUGGCAGGGAUAGUGGGUACGGCGAUAUUUGGUACGUGGACCGAGGAGAGCCCUUUUCAUCUUCAGCUACUCAUAGAAGAGACGACUCCUUUGAUAGCUUGGACUCCUUUGGUUCAAGAUCCUGCACGAGCUUUUCAUCAGAUAUAACCUUGAAAGGUGGCAGUGAAGGUUGCGACAGUGACACGGACUUGGAACUGCCUUCCAAAAUGCAUGAUUCCCAUAAAGACGACAGGUCUUACCGUAGGAUUUCUGUGAUUGAACCAAAACCAAUCACUGACUUCAACCGUUUCCUACCCAACAAAAACAAGCAGACAGCAUAUGUGCCAGCCCCUUUAAGGAAGAGGAGGACAGAGAGGAAUGAGGACAACAGGAGGAGCUGGGCAAGUCCCGUUUUCACUGAGUCAGAUGGAACGUUUUCAAGUGGACGUGAAACGAAUCCUGUAGCUUCCUGCCAAAAUAGCAGAGCAGAGAGUGGGCUCACAAAUCCAGCUUCCCUCCAGAUCAUCUAUGAGUAUGACAGUGGCUCUGAUUCAGAAGAGGAAAGAAGGCUGCCCGACCUUGUUUUGGAUGACUUAGCAAAUCGUAGAUUUCUAGUCAAAAAGAGCCCUGUAAGCUCUGCUGCACCUGGACAUCAUUUCAUGUUGCGCAAUGACUCUCCUAAAUCUUGCUCGCGAGAAAGUUAUCCAGCUGGUCCACUAGCUGCAAUGCUUGAACCACAGAGUAACCAGAGGAGGCAGAGGCAGUUGGAUACUAAAGAGGAAAACAAACCAAGAGUUAACAAUCCUUCACAAUUAUCUGGGUGUUUUGAUGAGGACGAGGAAGAAGUAGGCAUCCCAAACAUUGAAAAAGAUGAUCUUUAUUUUCGCAAGCUAAGCUCAUCAGCGCCAAAUACAGUUGUUGCUUUUGACAAAUUUCUUCCUAAAUUUUGGACUCCAGAGGAAGAAUUGCUAUGGAAAAAAAUCAAGAAAUCCUCUUUCAAACCCUGGUAUAAAGAGAUUCAAGGGUUCAGAAAGAGAUCAGAUUCUGAGGAUGAGGAAUUAGCUUACAAACAAAGCUGUGCCAUUGUUGCUAAUCAACCAAGACCAAGUUUUGACUGGAACAAUAGCUGCAGAAGAGAUCAGAAUUAUAAGCCCACUGCUGAAUAUAUGGGAAGCUCAUUGUCACAGAUUGCAGAAGGAAAAAUCUUGGAGUCUCCUGAUCAGCCCAGUCAGUUUUCGUUACUUCAGGCUCUGCAAAAAUACACUGACUACGUGUCUUCUGAAAUGGAGACCAGAAUUGAUCCCACUUCUGGCCCUAGGCUCAUAAAAUGUAGAAAGAAUAUUUCCUUUAUACCAGGAGGCAAGCAAGGAGAUGAGGAAAAUGGAUAUCUAUAUCCAGAUUUGGAAAACGAUGAUUUGUUCGUUCGGAAAACUGGGGCUUUCCAUGUGAAUCAAGUUGUUCUUCAAGAUCCCCGGUAUUUAAAGAAAUUAUCUGAGCAGGAGCCUCCUCUAGAGGGUGAGAUAAUUCUGCAACCCAGAGAGGGCCAAACUGUGAUUCCAGAUUUGGAAAAGGAUGACAUGAUUUUUCGUAAAGUCCUCUCUCAAAAAAAAGAGGUGCCUUUAUCAGGCGCUCCUGACAAGUAUCACCCAGCACUGUUUCCUGAUCCAUGGAGUCUUCCAGAAGAGAUCCGGUCCAAAUUUCUAUGUUUGCUUGAGAAAAAUGCGAUACCAGAGGAAAGGAAGAGCAAUGGCAGAGUGCUGUCACCGUCUUUACACCAUAAGAAGGACGAUAUGCUGACCCGCAAGAUCGAAUCUUGGAAAGUGGGAGGCAACGUCCAGCCAGUAAAUUUUAUCCCAGGUCCAUGCAGUGAAGAAGACUGGAAGAAGUGGGAAGCAAUCAGGGAGGCCAGCAAAGUUAGACACAAGAAACGGCAGAUGGUGGAGAGACUGUUUCAAAAGCUUUCUGAUGAGCAAGGGAGUAAAUCUUUGAAUGAUGUCAAUGUAGAGGAGCUGCAGACAAUGCGCAAAAUCCGUUAUGAAGAGCUGCAGAAGAUAAAAGAACAGCUACAAGAGCAAGAUCUAAAGUGGCAAGAAGAUCUAGCAAAAUGGAAGAGUCGUAGAAAGAGUUACACUUCAGAAUUGCAAAAGAAAAAGGAAGAGAGAGAAGAAAUUGAAAGGAGAGCCUCUGAGGUGUCUGGAAGGACUACCAAAUCACUGAAAGAAAUGCAGCAGGAGAGGGAGGAGAGAGAUCAGGACUCCUACGAGCAGCAGAAACAGGAGCACAACUGGACGUAUUCGCUGAACGAUGAUGUGUUCGGUGAAGAAAAAGCACCUUCCACAGCAGCAAAGGAUUGGUCAGCAGGCAGAGAUCACCGUUUGGAGGAAGACACUUCCUACAGCACUAGUGUGUAUGGCACACAGCCAGCCAGGGAGAGCCUGCUGGAGAGCUCGGCUGCCAGCGAGGCUCCUGCCCCGCUGCAGAGCCUGGAGCAGGAGCAGAGCCCGGCGCUAUUGUCCACUCGCUACCCCGUGAAUGCUCAAACUGGGUCAGCUCACGUUUCAGCUUCUCUCCCGAGAACUUACCAGAAAACUGAUACCUCCAGGUUAACAUCUGUGGUUACACCAAGACCUUUUGGUCUCCACUCAAGAGGAAUCUCGUCACUUCCACGGUCGUUCACGAUGGAUGAUGCUCAGAAAUACAAUGGAGAAGUAGAAAAAAGUAAAAGAACUCAAACUUUAUUCACCAGCAUGUCCUUUUCACAACCAGACUCUGCACACUCUCUCUCCACUGGUGCAUUUGGAAGCAGAGGUGAGGAGGAAGAGGAGGAAAAAGGUGUUCAGUCAACACCUCCUCCUAGUUUGGCAUUACCUUUAGUGUCCCAAGACCGAGGUGCUGGAAGCAGUAUUCCUAAGCCAGAGUAUGGCAUCCCUCCUGAUUCUCUCUCACUUGCAUCUUCUGCAGAAACUGCGAGUUCAACAGGGCCUAAGGAUUCAAAGUCCAUGGAACAGUUCAGUGAAAUGAGAAUCAGUAUAAACCAGAGACCUGGCCACAGCCGCAGCUUUGGGUUUACAACAAAUUGGAGUUCUUCAGGAGCCAUUGUACAGACAGUUGAAGAAGGCAGCCCUGCAGCACUCUGUCAGCUGCAUGUAGAUGAUGAGAUCAUUGCUGUCAACGGCACAAAGGUUUCACAUAUGGACUACAGUCAGUGGGAAGAGGCCAUCAGCAGAGCACUGGAAACUGGAAACCUGGUCAUGGAUGUCAGACGAUAUGGAAAGAACGACUGGGGCAAAGACCUGCCUUCCCUGCCACAUGUAAGGCAUAAAAUCCUCAAUCUCACCAGUAUGGGUACCAACAUUAUAGGUACAUCUGAAAAUAAAUGGAUUGAUGCAACUUCAGGAGAAAAAGUUUCAAAUGCUUCCACCAUAUCCACAAAAAGAGAUUACUCCAGCAGCCUUCAGAGUUCUGAUACAGAAUCAAAAUUGAUAAAUGGAAUGCAAGGAGAUCUUGGCUCUAAUGAACAAAGAGCAUCUGAACCUAUAUCUUUGAAAAACUUAAAAAGACGGUCACAAUUUUUUGAACAAGGAGGCCCAGAGCCCGCAAUGCCUGAUCUCCCAGUCCCAUCCAUCAGUGCUCCUAGUCGUCGGGUUUGGGAUCAAGAGGAGGAGCGAAAGCGACAGGAGAAAUGGCAAAAAGAGCAGGACCGUUUGUUGCAGGAGAAAUAUCAACGAGAACAAGAGAAACUGAGGGAAGAAUGGCUACGAGCUAAACAAGAAGCAGAAAAAGAGAGCUCCAAGUAUUUUGAUGAGGAGCAGACCGUUCUUACUCUAAAUACAACAUCCAUCACUUCUCAGGCUCCACCUGUGUCCAGCUGGAGAGCAAGCCCUGAGCCAAAUGCUCCUGAGGAGCCGGAACGAGAUGGAGAAAACGAGCUGGCAGGGAGCUUGCUGCAGGAGGAGGAAGAGAGGAGGAGGCUUCAGGAGGAACGGAGGAUGCAGGAAGAGGCAGCCAGGCGUUUGGAGCGAGAGCAGCGGGAGCUGCGGGAGCUGGAGCGGCAGCGGAAGGAGCGGGAGCAGCAGUACGCUGAGGAGCAGAGGAGGCAGGCCCAGAUGGAGGAGCAGAGGAGGCAGCAGGCCCAGAUGGAGGAGCAGAGGAGGCAGCAGGCCCAGAUGGAGGAGCAGAGGAGGCAGGCCCAGAUGGAGGAGCAGAGGCAUCAGGCCCAGAUGGAGGAGCAGAGGAGGCAGGCCCAGAUGGAGGAGCAGAGGCAUCAGGCUGAGAUGGAGGAGCAGAGGCGGCAGGAAAGGCACAGGGAGGCUUCGGUGGAGGUGCCUCAGUACCAAAGACAUUACGAGCGCUAUGAAGUAUCUAAAACAAUAGAGGAUCGAGCUGGCCAUCCUGUCAUUGACAGGCAUUAUGAGCGUUAUGAAGUUUCUAAAACCAUUGAGGAGCAACCUGGUCAGUCAUUUGGUGACAGGAGUAAGUCAAAGUCAACUACAGAACUGAAUGAAUUCAACAGAAUUAGAAAUGGUACCCAGAGCAAGUAUUCAGAGAGGUCCUGGAACAUGGGUGAGUCCCAGAAGAAGUCUCAGAAGGAGCAAAACCUGUCUGCAGCAGAGUUGGAGAGACAGCAAAUCCUUCAGGAAAUGAGAAAGAAAACAUCUCUACACACGGACAGCAGCUGGAUUAGGCAGCGCAGUGCCAGUAUACAUAAGGAGCCCGUCAGUCUGUACAGCAGUAGUAUGAGGAGAGGGGAGUCUCUGGACAACCUUGAUUCUUCAGGAAUGAGGUCAUGGAGGCACCACUCAUGGCUGAACCACUCUGCAUCCUCUUCAUCUCUAUCUUCUAGUCAGGAUUUUAGUCGCCCAGUGUCCACUUCCAACCGAGCUUACAUGUGUACUCCUUCCUCCAGCAAAGCACCUCCUGGGGCCACCUCUGCCAGAGCCCCCUCCACACCCCAGACAGCUCCCCGGGCUCAGUCUCCUCUCUCUGCAUCCCAGCCAGGGUCCCAGACACGCAGCAGGUCAGUCAGUGGGAAGAAAAUCUGUUCAUACUGUAAUAACAUUCUGGGCAAAGGAGCAGCCAUGAUCAUUGAGUCUCUUGGUCUUUGUUAUCAUUUACAUUGCUUUAAGUGUGUUGCCUGUGGAUGCGACCUUGGUGGAUCCCGCUCUGGAGCUGAAGUCAGGAUCCGAAACAACCAACUCUUCUGCAACGACUGCUAUAUCAGAUUUAAAACUGGACAACCAACCUCCAUGUGAAGCAAAUGAAGAUAUGAAACCACUGUUGCAGAUACAAGAAGAGGUGAUUGCUGCUGAUGUAGAUCUAUAAAUAUAUAUAUUGUGUGUAUGUGUGUUUUUUUCUAAGAGUAACUCUUGCCUAUCUAGUCUUCAUAGCAAUACCUUGUAUUCCUCAUAUAACUAUUUUUAUUUAUAAGAAAGUAAUUGCAGGAAGGAAAUAGCUGGGAAAAAUGCUUUCACAUUUUCAGCUUCAAGUACUGAGAGCACAAGAGAGAAUAAGUAUAUUUUCAGUAAUAACUUCAAAAUAUUUUUGAGGCUUAUAAUCAACUAGUUGACUUUCCAGUGGUAUAUGAAGAGGGUAUUUUGUUUCUAAGCUCAUGAAAUGAGCAUUAGAGAAAUAGCUAAUAUAAAUAUAUAUUUGCAAUUGCUGUCUUUAUUUUUGACAUAUACUGAAAGUGAGUUCUCUAGGUUAAUAUGAAGCUGCAUUUAAAUGCACACAAAUGUGUUUGCUUUCCAUAUUCUGGUUUCUAAAAUUAUGUGCUUUUUUGAAACCUAAAUACAAAGAAUAAUCUGUUUGCUCAGUGGUGUUGGCAUAAUAUUCUGUGGAAUCCAUUUAAGAGAGAGAGUUUUCUUUUCCCAUUUGGAAGUGUAACUAUCACUCUUUCCUCUGCAAACUGAGUGGAGAAUGGUUGUUGAAUUACCAUAUAUUUGUAAAUAAAAAAUCUGAUGUUGCAUUUAUUAG